AUGGCGGGUCGAGGAAGGCCCAUGGCUGUCGUCGGGGGAAGGGGAACCCCGCCAGCCCCCGCGCCGCAUCUCAUCCGCCCGCCACUUCCCCCUGGGCCUGCGCUUAUCCCGGGCGGGCCUCCGGGACAGGUGAUUAUCCGCCAUCCCGCUCCGCCUCCCCCAACGAUGCUUCUCCCCGUGGGCGCGGGGAGCAUAGAGGCGAAACUGGCGGCGCAACACGGGGAGAUUCAGCAGCUUCUGACGGAGAAUCAACGGCUGGCGGCGACGCACGUGGCGCUUCGGCAGGAGCUGGCGGCGGCGCAGGGCGAGAUCCAACGGACGAAAGCGACGCUGGCGGCGGUGCAGAUGGAGAAGGAUCAGGCGGUGCGGGGAAUCAUGGAGCAUAAGGCAAAGCUCGAGGCAGACUUAAGAGCCGUCGAGCCUCUACGCGGGGAGUUGCAUCGUGCGCGUAUGGAGCUGCAGGCGCUGCAGGCGCGCGGGGGGGAGGCGGAGGCGGGGCGCGCGGAGAUGCAGCGGCAGAUGAGCGCGAUGGGGAGCGACAUGCAGCGCAUGCGGAGCGACCUGGAGGGCAUGCGGCAGGAACUGAUGCAGGCCAGGGAGGCGGUGGAGCGGGAGAGGCGGGCGGGCAUGGAGGCAGCAGAGCAGCGCGACAAGGCGGAGAGGACCCUCGAGGCCACCGCACGGGAGGUGGACAGGCUCAGGGUGACGCCCCUGGCGGUGUACGGCCUACCGGAGGACUACACAGAGCGCCAGCUGGUGGAGCUGUUCCGCACGUACGGCACCGUGGUGGCUGUGCAGGUGGCCCGCGAUGGCAACCGGGGGCUGGGCUAUGGCUACGUCCACUUGGACUCGCCCACGUCAGCGGACAUUGCCACUCUCUCCCAUCCGUUUCCAUCGAUGGCGGAAGCGGUAGUCAUUGCGCGGAUGCGGAAGAAAGAAGCGGAGGAGCAGGCAUCGCUGACUCGCUCGCGCAGUCUGCUGGAGGACAAGUUCGGCGCGUAUGAGCGAGCGAACCGUCAGAUGUGGGCUCGCUCCUCGUCCUUCGCCGAUAGUUCCGGCGCUUCUCCAGACGCAAACGACGCGAAAGUGUUGUCGCGAAGUCCUCUCGGCCAAUCACCGCUUUAUCCUCAUGCCGUAUCCAACUCGUCGCACGUUCACGGUAGGGAGGAAACGGAUGCGGAAGAAGAAGCAAACAGACGUGGGUUCGGGAGCUACACGGAAAACCACCUGGCAGAGCAGAGGGAAGCAGACGCUUCGAGACAAACAGGCGGACUUCAGCGGAAAGGCGACGGCAAUAAUCAGAUCGAGAAUAGCAGCGGGGGAGAGGGACGUGUGCGAGAUGGUGGAGGGAUCGGCGAGGAGUGUCUGAGAAAAGGUUGGCUCUGGGGCGAAUCGAGAGAAACCAAUAGGAAUGAAGGAGAUGGGUCCGAGGGCGGUGAGGACAUCGAUGGGAAGGAGAGGGGGUGCGAGGAUAAGGCGUACGGCGCUGGGAGAGGCGGUGAGGAGGUCGAGCCUGGGGCGCGCUUGUUGCCGCAGAUGGAUUCAAUACGGGAGGAUGGCGACGAUGAGGAUGUGAUCCUAGCGAACGAGCUGGAGGAGAUCGAUAAGGAGGUCGUGCAAGAGGUGUUCAAUCGAGUCAGCCUGCUGCGCGCGCAGGUGCAGCACUACCGCGCGCUGGGCGGGUUUGUGCUGCUGAUGGCGCUGUUCGUGGCAAUGGUGUAUCUGCAGGCCGACUCCUCCCGCACCUACCAAGUCACCGCCGCCCACUCCGUCCUCAUCCCCUCCAACUUUGCACCAGAUUCGUCCAAUCGGUUUGCAGGAAAGGCGGACUUUUACGCAUGGCUGAACAACAGCAUCAUCGAGAAGUUCUGGCAGGACCCACCCUGCGGGGACGGUCUCUGCGACCAGCCACUGGAGUUCCCGGCGUUUGGUUGGUUCGGCUGCCAGGCGGACUGCGGCACGUUCCCCAACCUGACGUCCGUGUCGAUCCAUUUCACGACGUCCUUCUCAUCAGCUGAAGCCCUGGCGUUGUCGUCGUGGAACCUGUGCAUGCAGAGCCCCAUCUCGCUGUGCUGGCACGCCCUCCCCCAGCCCUUCCCCGCGCUGCACGCCCAGUUCUCCCUUGCCCUCGACAUCCCCGACGGCCACUGGGCGCUCCUGAUUACUGCCCCGCUGGGUGGCGUGCAGGGCGUGCUGCAGGCGCAGAAGCCGGGGAUGGGGCAUCUGAGUGGGGACGUCACGAUGGGGUCGAGUAACAGUGUUACGCUGGCUAGCUGGGGCGGGUGCAUGGGAGGGGAGGGCUUCUCCGCGAGAGAUUCGAAUGCCACGCUGCUUCAAGAUGGAGGAGAUCAGUGCCGCCAGGCCUGUGAGUCCGUGGCAAUGUGUCUGAACACUGCGUGUGGGCGGGAGGUGGCAGCAAGGGAGGUGGCGGGCGCGUUUGUGGAUUGUGUGAAGAUCUGCCGAGCAGCGCCGGCUACGAUCAUGCCAUACGCCACCAUGUCGUGCCUUCAGAUCACUGCUGUCAAACCAUCCCUCUUCCCCAAUUCUCUCUGCACUGGAAUGGCUGCUGCACCUGCUGUAUAUGCCGCACAGGCAGCUGCUGUGAGUGCUGCACAGGCAGCUGCUGUGGGAGCGAAUGCAGUUGGGGCGCGUCAGGGCUGGAGCAGCAUCAGCAGAAGCAAUGGAGCCGUGGCCAGCACCAACGUCAGUGGCAACGGCACCAGUGCUGCCAUUGCGGAUUCCAGCUUCUUUCCCCCACCCGUCCUCCCUCCGGCUGCUGACAUGCAGCUGCCACACCUGGCAGAGGCGCCAAGGGCGUGGGAGCUGCUGGGGUCCACAGAGAGGCAGCGCCUGAGAGCGCUACAGGUGGCGGUGCCUGUGCUCGACCAGCCGCUGUGCCGGUUUGCGAAUUCGACGGGGCACCAGCUGCUGCGCGCACAGGAGCUGUUUGACCAUCUGCGAGACGUGCACCGCGGCGUCAACGACAAGGCGGUGUCAUCGCAGCAGCUGCGGCGCUUCAUAGACAUUCUGAUCGCCGCCCUGCAGUCCGUUACCACCAUGCCCCCCCAAGCAUCUGCCGACCUCUCCGCCUUCUUCCACCGCUUCGAGGACGCCAUCGUCAGCACCGACAUUGCCGGCUGUUCCCAAGGAGGCACGUGGCUGCAGUGGCGGGCGGGAGUGAAGCACAACACGACCAUCCAUGUGGGCGACAAGAUCACCUGGGUGUGGGAUGCCGACCUCCCGCACUCCCUCAGAAUCGCGGGUAUGGGCGACGCGCCCACGCCCUUCUUCCCGGGGUUUGGAGGGCACCGCCUGGCGGUGUCUCGCCUCUUCCCCUGCUCGCCCAUGACCAUGGGGGAGGACGACGACUACGAUGACCCCGUGCCCUGCGUGCUGCAGCUCCCAGGGGCCACAAACGCCACCUUCACGUACACCAAGGUCUUCACGCUCCCAGGCACUUACCACUAUGAGAGCGGUGGGCAGGACGCGGGCGAAGCGGCAUCCUCUGCUUCCUCUGCUGCCACUGCUGCCUCCACCACGGGUGCUCUCCUGCCGCCCGCCAUGUUUGGCAUGGUCACUGUUGUUGUGCCGCCGCCCGAGGCCCCAGUGUUUGCCAAGACCGCACUUGUGCCCCAAGUACCGCGAAUAACUCUUGAAUAUCUGAAGCAACACACGAUGAGCAUACAGGAACCCGCCAUGCUUGUGCAUGCCCUCUACUCCCCUCCCAGGCUACUCAUCGGCAUAUUCCUCUACCAGGAGCGCUGGGGAGUGAAGACAUGCAACCCAGACAAGCUGCUGCACCUGGCGGGGUGGUGCAGCAACGGCACGUCCAGGGAGCCCUUUGGAGUGAACCCGCACUUCCUGCCCACCUCGGCCAUCUAUGACCCGGAGGGGUGGGAGGGCUACCCGCUGGUGUUUGACAUCAACCUGGACCACCGCGGGGCGGAGAACCGCCUGCAGUACCUGGUGGACGGGCUGUUCAUUGACAACGCCACUCGCAAGCUGGAGGUUUCCUUCAUCACCCACAACGGCGAGAGCAGCAUGUUUGUCCUCACACGUGUCACAGCCGUCGUCGACACGGGUGGCGGCUUCGUCACCUCCUUCUCCUCGCUCUCCGUGCCCACCGACAUGUACUCACAGUCCCUCACCUCGGUCUUCCUGCUGCUGCUGCAAGCGGUGUACGUGGCGGCGCUGCUGUGGAACGGGGUGGAGGAGGCGGUGGAGCUGCGGGGGCGAGUGAGGAGAGAGGGCUCUGUUCUCAGCUACUUGCGCUCCGGCUGGAACUGGAUCGACAUGGCCUCGCUGCUCCUGCAGUGGCUCGCUCUCAUCACCUGGGUCGUGCUCUGGCGGGCUGUGGCUACUAAUGACAUGGACCCAAGAUACGAUGUGUAUGAGUCGCUACUGGAGGUGCCCCGGUACUGGCAGGUGGCAGGGAGUGGAGAGGGGUUCAAGGCGGCCAUGCACGAGUAUGAGGACCUCCAGGCGCUCAUCAACUGGCGCUCCUUCUACUUCGCCCUGCAGGGCGUCAACCUCUUCCUCCUCAUGGUGCGCCUGCUCAAGCUGAUGGACUUCCAGCCCUAUCUGGGCGUCAUCACGCGCUCCCUCGCCCUCGCCAUGCCAUCACUCCUUCACUUCUUCCUGCUCACAUUCAUCGUCUUCUUCUGCUUCGCUCUCUACGGCUACCUCGUCUUUGGCGGAAAGAUGGAGCAGUUUGCGACGCUGCCCGACGCGUUGUUCACGUGUUUCCUGAUCAUCCUGAACGAGAAUGCGACGGCCUACUUCUUUGCACACAUGCACGGGUGGGAUCUGGUGGCUGGCAUGCUCUUCUUCAUCGCCUUCAUUCUCCUCCUCGUCUUCAUCCUCUUCAACUUCCUCAUCGCCAUCAUCGUCGACGCCUUCAUGACCAUCAAGGACUCGCAUGUGGUGGCGACAUCCAUAACGCACGACAUCGGCACCAUCCUGCGCUACCUCAUCAACCGCGCGCUGGGGCGCUUCUCCCCGUACAGCGACAUCAUGGCUCGCCUGGAGCAGCUGGGUGCGCGCAACAAGCAGCAGGACGAGGCGCACAAGCGCAUGCAGCGCUACCAGUCCUUCAAGCGCCGCGCCAAGUCGUGCCUCACCGGGAAGGUCUGUGGGGCGAGUGCGGCGGAGGUGGAAAGAGCCAAGACGAUGACGGCGGGUGGGGCCGGGGCGGUAGUGGCGCCGCAGAGGGUGCUGCAGGUGAAGGGGCAGAGCAUUGAUGACAUCUCCCUCGCCAUGAUCCUGCAGCGCCGCCACGCCAGGGAGGUGUGUUGUGCGUUCGUCCUCUUCGGCACACCUUGGUUUCGUUUUACCUACUCCAUGUUUUUUUUUUUUUUCGUCGACUCGAACGCCAACACAGCGACUCACUCACGCCCUCCCAUUGCCCCUCUCCCCAUUCAUCGGACCCACACACAGGAUCCGUCAGCUUCACUCCCCUCCCCGUCCUCCGCAUCCGUGUUGCAAAUCUCGCCCGAGUCAGAGCAGCUGUCGCAUGUGCUGCUGCGGCAGUUCGGGGACCACGUGGUGCGGGACUACAGCCGCCCGCAGCACAAGCCCAAGCACGGGCUGCCACAGGUGCAGGAGGAGCUGGGGAAGGUGAAGGAAGCCAUGGACGAGCUUAAAGCCAUGGUGCUCGCCCUGCACUCCGCUGUCGCUGCAGGGGCGGGCGGAGCGGGGGUAGGGUUUGGAGGGGAGGGUAUGCUGCCUGCUGCUGCCACUGGUGUGGAUGGCGGUGCGGCUGGGGGAGCAGCGGGGCAUUAUCCGUUGUUUUCUGCGUCUUCCUCGGCAGCAGCAGCACUGGCUCGCUCUUCUUUCAGCACCACCUCCUCCUUCUCCUCUGCCCAAGGCUGCUUCCUCUCCCCCAACUCCCUCGGCACGCCCCUCGGCACCUCUCCGGCCCGAGACCCCUUCUCCCCUGCCGCCUCCUCGCUCGCUGCCGCCAGCCCCUUCAUCCGUAACCCAUUCGCUGCUGGUAACCAGCUCGCCGCCAGCCACCCGUUCGCGGCCAACAACCCAUUUGCCGGGGGUAACCCAUUUGGCACAGGCGGUCCCCAACACCGCUCGCUGGUGCUGCAGCGGGGGGCAGCGAGGAGGGCAGGGAGUGCCGGGCGGGCGGGGCUGAGAGGGAGCAUGGGUCCCAGUAACCUGGGGCGUGGGAACCAGGCAAGCAGGCAGGGGAACGGGCCGGUGCUUUCGCGUGUGGAGACCACCCCACUGCCCCACCGGCAGAGAUCAGACGACGCUGCUUCAGCUCGUCAUGGCGGCUCCGGCAUUGAUUCUCAUGCUGAUAGCUCGCAGCAGCCGACUGAUGAGAGUGCGGCUUUCGUUCAUGCAGAUACCAUGCCUAUGCCCCAAACCCGCACCUCUUCGUUCCCCUAUCCUGAACCCGAGCCUCGUGACGCACAGGCAGGUUCGGCGCAGGCUCGUGGGAGCAGUGAUGGUGAGAGCGCUGAUGGGGAUGGCAAGGGGAGUGGGAGCGGUGAGGAACAGAGCGAGGAGCUGUCGCCGCUGACACGAGCCGCCCGGCGCGUAUCAUUGUCAGAGAUGGAGGAGGGUGGAGGGAGGAUGAGGAAGAGAGGUGGAGAGAGUAGCAACGGGAGGGGCGCGAGUGGCGCUGGUGGAAGUGGGUCUGUGCGGAAGAGUGUGGGGUUCCGGGAGGUGGCGGCGAUGCUAUGUUACCUUGAUGAGAGCACCGAGCCAGUCCGGUCACCUAGUGCUGAUGUUGCCUUCAGAUUACCAGCUGCUGGUUACAAAAUGAACAGUAUGUGCUCGGACCUAUGGACCAGGGAGGGCGGUCAUCCUUACAUUUGUGGUCCAGACAUCAUGGAGCCGUUCAGCAUUGUGAGUUUGCUGGACGAUAACUUCGAGGCGUACGAGGCGGCCAACUACUGCAUGUGGGUUCGUUCCAAAUCCGACAAUCCACCCAGCCGCAAGGCUUCGGGAUCUCGCAGCCGCAAGCAAUUCAACCUAGAUUUCCUCAGUAGCUACGGCAGGUUCACGCCGCAAAAUCCGGAGCUCAUGGCACGUCUCACGAGAAGCUCGUCGGCCAAUCCGUCCGUUCCCGUCAACGAAGACCAGGGAGGGCAAGGUGACGGCGGCGAUGAGGUUUACGGGGGGAUUUGCGCGGAGGGCGGAGCGGAGAGGUUGGCGGAGGAAGGGAGAGCUGGCGGAGAGGGUUCUGGGACUGAGGGAGCGCGGGAUAGCAGCAGCGACAGCAGUCACGAGAGCGCGGCGGAUGACGAGAAGGGGCUGCGCGCCUUCCUGCGGCAUUGCCGCCAGCGGGUCAGGCGUGCAAGCAACACGACCGCCGACGAGAGCAGCGCCGUUGGCGAGGAAGGCGAAGAGGGAAAGGCGACCGCUGCGAGGGGUCCGCUGAAGCGGAGCUUGACGGAGGAUGCGACGGGGGAGAUGAUGGCGCGGAGCAGCAUGGGCAAGGGCUCGUUGCAGGGCUUCACGAGGGGGGCGAGCUUGUCGCGGUCGGCGAGCGACGUGCUGCAGGAAGCGGAGAUGGACGAGAUGGACAGAGAGGUGCUGCAAGAGGCGUUCGCGCGAGUGAUGAAGCUGCAGCAGCGCGUGCAGCACUACCGCGACCUGGGCGGGUUCGUGGUGCUCAUGGCGCUCUUCAUCACCAUCCUCUACCUCCAGGCCGACUCCUCCCGCAGCUACCAGAUCACCGCCGCGCACGCAGUGCUCUUCCCCCCCGGCAUGAGUCAGGACUCCUCCAACACCUUCAACGGUCCAGAUGACUUCUACAAUUGGCUCAACACCUCCAUCGUGCAGAGUCUGUGGACGGACCCCAAGUGUGGCACAGGCGAGUGCGAACGCCCCUUCCAGUUCCCCGCGUUUGGCCGCUUUGGCUGCGAGGCGGACUGCGGCACGUUCCCCAACCUCACCUCCAUCGUUGUCAGAUUCUCCUCCCACCUUGACACGCAACAGGCUGCGGACGAAUCUUCCUGGAACCUCUGCAUGGUUAACCCCAUCUCCCUCUGCUGGUACGAGUCAUUCCAGCCAUUCCCGCGUGGUGAUGCGGAGGUAUCGGUAGCGGUGGACAUUCCGGACGGCGACUGGGUGGUGGUGCUCAACGCGCCCGCGGGGGGCAUCCGCGGCACCGUGCACGCGCCCCCUCCCGGCACGCGCCGCUUCUCCGUCGUCGGCGCCGCCUCCACCGUUGAGCUCGCUGCCUGGGGCUACUGCGCACACGAUGAUGACGUGGAUGCAGCCAAUCAGGCGCAGCCCAGUGGCGGCGCUGGCGAUUCUCCGCGUGAUGUCUGUCGUGAUGUAUGGUUUUGCUUGCGCAAUUUGCCUGCCUCCGUUGUGGAGCGCGAUCAG